GUACGGUGCCGGUACAGGAGCGCAUGGCCUGAUCCAUUUUGCUAGGGCCCGGCUACGCGACUUGCCGCAGUAUCGCAUUUGUUAUAAAUGGCGUCCAUAUAUCUAAGCGAAAAGCACCUUCGAGGAUUUGAUAAGUACAAGUACAAUGCCGUGGAUACGUCACCCCUGUCUAUUUACAUUAUGCAUCCCUUCUGGAAUGCUGUUGUUAAGAUUUUUCCGGAGUGGUUUGCACCCAACCUGAUGACCUUCUUGGGCUUUUUGAUUAUUUCCCUGAGCUUCAUCAUGCUGUCCAUCACUGACUGGUCGUACUAUGCUGCUAGCCGUCAACAUCCGCAGUACCCACCUAUACCCAACCUGGUCUUCCUAUUGGCUGGAGCUGGGCUGCUGGUAGCGCACACACUCGAUGGUAUUGAUGGGAAGCAGGCAAGACGAACCAAGUCCAGCACCCCCCUGGGUGAGCUCUUCGAUCACGGCAGUGACAGUGUCAUAUCCUGCCUCCUCCCUUUGUGUGUGUUCUCGGUGUUUGGACGAGGCGAGGAGGACUAUGGUGCCAAUGUCUGGAUGCUGUAUGCCCUUGUGUGUGUGAUAUGCACAACGUUUUACAUCUCACAUUGGGAGAAGUAUCUAACUGGCAUCAUGUUUCUGCCCUGGGCUUAUGAUUUCAGUCAGCUGGCAUUAGUAGUGGUGUACAUAGUGACUGGUAUCUUUGGCUAUGACAUUUGGAAGGGGACUUAUGCCUAUGGCUUCCAGUUCAGGUACUUCUUCAUUUUAACCACUUUGGGUGGUUCACUGAUUCUGUCUCUUCCCAACACCAUCUGGAACAUUUACGUAUCCUACAAAGAUGGUACGGGCAAGAACCGCUCUCCCCUCCGUGCUGUUGAGCCUGGUGUACCAGUGAUGGUGCUGCUUGUUGUUGCUACCCUAUGGGCCGCUUUCUCUCCCACCGAUAUUCUGCAGUUGGAGCCCAGAAUAUUCUGUCUUACCGUCGGAAUCACCCUGUCGAAUAUCGCUUGUCGUCUAAUCAUCAGCCAGAUGACGGAAACCAGAGCCAAAGGCUUCAAUUGGUUACUAGUGCCAUUGAUGAUUGCGACAGCUAUAUCUUUGUGGACAGAUUUAGGUCCUACAGAGCUCUAUUUCUUGUACGCCUUGGCAGCUGUGACACUGUUGGCACAUUUCCAUUACACAAUCAGUGUGGUGAUUCAGCUCGCUGACCAUUUUAACGUCUACAUCUUCUCACUAGAGAAACGCUCUCCUAAGGGUGCCAGACCUCCUAGCGGAAACGGAAACAAAUAAUGUUAGGUUUACAGCAGCAGCAGUAGCGGCCACAUGAGAGCUGAAUCAGUGAUUGAUCGAAAAUUGACAGGCUUGAUAGGCCCUUGGAUCAAAAUGCUCCUAUGACAAAUUAACGUUGUGUUGCUUGUCGCUGUAGCUAUGAGGUGUAAGUAAUGGGAGUGCAUGUAGUUGUUUGAUUUGGAGUGCAUUGUGUGUAGCCAUAUAUAUGGUAAUUGGUAUUUUGUUUUUGUACAACUUGGGUCGUAGUUCACGUAUCGUUGAAUUAUUCAUCCCACCAAAUCAUUUGUUGUGUGACCGCAUUUUAAGAAAUGGAACAUCCUAAUCUAUGAUGUGCAGUAAGUAGAACAGUCUGAUCUACUGUCAUACCCAAUUACUGCAUGGGUAUUUAUGCAAUGGUGCUUAUUAAAAGUCAUAACAAAUGUUUGACAUUCAUGCAAGUGAAUGAAUGAUUUUGACAGAUGUUGAAAAUGUUCUACUCCACGAAGCCUCAUGGAGUAGAACAUUCCAUCAGUCACCUCAUGAAAUUAUUCUCACCAGUCGGCAGCACCUAUUAUUUGUACUGUAUGUAUAUUACUGCAUAGUUUUUGAUGCAGUGUAGCAGGUGCACAAUCCUAUAGUUUAUUGUAGGAUCAGUGUGGUGCAGAACAGCGUAGUAUGGUGUAAAAUAGUUAGAGUUAACUUCUAUAAAACUGGUGCUUAUGCUGUUGAUUUUCCUGAACAUGGCAACAUGUACAUGUAUCAGGUCUUAUAUAAGGCAUACUUGUAUGUCGUUGUUAAUGCCAUCAGGGUCGUUCAUAAAAGUAUGGACAUGUACAUGUGGAUAGCCAGCAGCGGUCGAUGACCAUGCAUACACCCUGUGUGGGCUCUACGUACGCACAUUGUGAAGUUUGCUUUUAAUAUACAUAUUUUCAUGACAUUAAGAUGCUUUCUCACAUUCAGUACCUACAGGGACCAGCUUUGAUACAUGUGAAAAGGUACAUGUGUAACACAUUAUUUUUCACCCACCUGACCCCCCACCAUUGAGGUCUUUAAUACCAGCACCAGCACAACUGGCGUGAUAAGUCAAAAAGAAACAUGGAAUGUGCAUGCGUGUGAAAAAUGGGGAGGUGAGAACCACUGCUUACGUCGGGGGGGGUAGCAUUAUUUGCAUAUAUGUAAAGCAGACAGCCCCUUUCCAGUUGACUAGGGUUCAAGUUUAUGCAGAAAGUGCGGGUGCGUUUUAGGUGCCAGCUACAUUGUAGACACUUCAGUUAGUACAAACAUGCAGGUACAUGUAACCUCACAAAUAGCUAGGAAAGUCAUUCUCACCGAAUCACCAGAGAAGACAGAGCUGACUUAACUGUUGCUUUGUGGCAAUAUUUUAGUUGACUUCAUCAAAGUUGCCUUCACAAGGCCUGUCCAUGUGAUUGACUGCCAGUAAGACUUUUAUGAUGGAUUUGACCACGUUGCUGUGUUAAAUCUGAAGAGUAUCAAUUGUGUUCACCAUAGUAUUCAUUACUGUUUUGUCAUUGCUAAUGUGUGUACUUUUAAUUUAAUUACAACAGAGAGUAUUGUAAAUACUGAAAUAAAAAUUGAAUUGUGUUUAUUAUGUAUAUACACGAGGCUUCAUGAUGUGAGACAGUAGUACCAUAAGAACAGUAUGUGGUGACUAUUUCAAGAUGUACUUUGCGUCAGGGAGAUGUUAAUUUAAGUACACGUUUUGCCCUUACACUGAAAUAUGUAUACAUCGUGUAAGGGCAAAAACCAUACUUAAAAUAUGUGACAACCCACUGUAAAUAUCAAGAUUGCUUUCUGGUAGUUAGACCUACAGAUGUAUGUGUAGAUGUUAAAUCCAUAUUCAUAAAUACCCCAGACAGUCUCCCUAUUCAACAACGUGCAACUUGACCGUGUAUUAACAUUUGAUAAUG